UCCGAUUACUCCAUGAAUCCAAAUCCUCACUACAAACCCUCAAUACGCUUUGAAUGGGCACGACGCCUCUGAUCACAAAAGCGCUAAAGGAAACGGCGCCACAGUGUCAGAGGUUUAGCGCUGUCAUUACAGGUAACUACUAAAACCACACCGAACGCCAGAGAGAUGAGUCAAAUGCGUGAAGAAGUGGAGGAAGAAAAACCCGCCAAGUCAUCUGGAUCCAGUGGUGCCAGUCAGUCAGCAAAAGCACUGGCCAAGAAAAAACCCAAUGAUGAUAAUGAUAUAGCGGAGCUCGGGGCGCAUCUACGAGUUCUGCCAUUAACAGAGGAGAACAAACGAAUGUUUGACCAGGCUCAGGCAAACCAGAUCCCUUCUGUCAUACAUCAGUUUGCCUGCGAGUCAUGUGACAGGGACUGGUGGCGACGUGUGCCUCAGAGGAAAAGGGUGUCACGUUGUCAUCGAUGCAAAAAGAAGUAUGACCCUGUGCCAGCCAACAAAAUGUGGGGUAUAGCAGAGUUUAACUGUCUAAACUGCUCGCGGACCUUCAAGGGUUUUGGUCGAAUGGAUGGACGUUCUCCUUGUUAUGGCUGUCGCUCCGCCAUUUUCCCCACAAAGAUACUACCACCCAGGAAGAGGAGAAAGAUGCCUGGGCCUAGACGCAGAAAUCAGCAGCACAGCUGCCUUGCUGAAGACUGUUAUAAUCGAAUGGAGCCCCAUGUACCUGGUACCGAAUGCGUUCACCCACUCAGCAGACAGAAGAACAGGAAGCCACGUGUGGUUUACCCCAGCCCCACUCACAUCAGCAGCGGAUCCACUGUCAACACCUAUCUGAGUCAGGGCAGUCUGAUAGAUAGCAUCGAUGAGCUCAUUCUAGACGACAUUGAAGAAGAGAUCUGACAGCAGCACCUGAGGGCGAGGCAGCAGCAAAAAAUCAGUUAAACCACUGACAUCACUUCAGCUGUUGCGUUGAAUGAAA